AUGGCGACCGCGACAUCGUCAGCGGCACCGACGGUGGUCCGCAGCUCGUCAACUCGUGCCUCUGGUGGAAAUACGGACAUCCCGAACAGACAUCGAUCAACUGCCCCUAGACCAACAUCAUCCUCGCACCGAUCAUCCUCCCGUUCCCACACGCAUGACCCUCCACCAAUUUCGAAUCAGGCAGCUCCCGCCAACGUUACUAGAAGGGAUCACGAGACUGCCAAUGUGGCCCGGCGGCCAUCCUCAAGGCGAAGUUCUUCCAGAGAUGGUGGCUUCGAUGGUGGCCAGCAAUACCGCCCAGAAUCAACACGAACUCACCAUCGCGAGCGAUCGCGUCCGGGCUCGUCACGAAAUAGUACAGAUAUAUCUAGAGGAAGUACAGUGGUCGCGAAUGGGAGUUCGGUCCCAAGCCAGGCUCCAGCAUCUUCCGUCACCUCAGAGAGACCUGCAAGCUCUACUCAUCCUUCAAUGGGGAGACGAAGAACUUCCAUCACCACAACCACUGGGACAUGGUCGCUAGGCAAGACUAUUGGUCAAGGCAGCAUGGGCAAAGUGAAGCUGGCAAAGAACACGGAAUCUGGUGAACAGGUCGCAAUAAAGAUAGUGCCUCGACAAGCCACAGAUGAGCAUGGCAAUCCCAAAGACGAAAGAGCGGACCGUUCCAAAGAAAUUCGUACGGCAAGAGAGGCAGCCAUGGUUACUCUACUCGACCAUCCGUUCAUCUGUGGCAUGCGCGAUGUGCAAAGGACGAAUUAUCAUUGGUAUAUGCUCUUCGAAUAUGUUAAUGGCGGGCAAAUGCUUGACUACAUCAUCUCUCAUGGACGACUAAAGGAAAAACAAGCGCGGAAAUUCGGUCGCCAAAUUGCCAGCGCGCUCGAUUACUGCCACAGAAAUAGUAUCGUCCAUAGGGACCUGAAAAUUGAGAACAUUCUCAUCAGCAAGACUGGAGACAUCAAAAUCAUCGACUUCGGCUUAAGCAACCUCUUCUCCCCAAAAUCCCUUCUGAAGACGUUUUGCGGGAGUUUGUAUUUUGCCGCACCAGAAUUGCUGCAGGCAAGACAGUAUACAGGUCCAGAGGUUGAUGUUUGGAGUUUUGGGAUUGUUUUGUAUGUUUUGGUGUGCGGCAAAGUUCCCUUCGACGACCAGAGCAUGCCUCAGUUGCAUGCAAAGAUCAAGAGAGGUAUCGUUGAAUAUCCACAGUGGCUCUCACAUGACUGCAAGUCUAUCAUAGCACGCAUGCUGGUUGUGGAUCCAAAAGAUCGAGCCACGCUGCAAGAGAUCAUGAACCAUCCUUGGAUGACCAAAGGCUACAACUCACCACCAGAAAGCUAUUUACCACCACGAGAGCCGCUGCAGUUGCCGCUCGAUCCUCAAGUGAUAGAGAAGAUGACGGGCUUUGACUUUGGUUCCACACAGUACAUCAGUGAGCAGCUGACACAAAUAAUUGAAUCAGAAGACUAUCAGGCCGCGGUUCGAAAAUAUACCAGGGAAGACGGUGGUCUCUCUGCUGCUGGUGAGAAGAAGCGUGGCGUUUUUGACUUCUACAAGAGGCGGAACUCAGUCAGCCGCGAAGGCCUGUCGGCACCAUCUGCCGAAGCAAUGCGAGGAGGCGAUCCCACCAACGCCUACAGUCCAUUGAUAUCAAUCUACUACCUUGCAAGAGAAAAAAGGGACCGUGAACGAAGCGAAGCGAAUCCCGGUGCUCUUGCAAUGCCAACGUCACCAGGAGAAAGGCCUCUCGCUAUGCCGGACCUCCCACCUCCAGAGGCUGCGCAUACGAAUCAGCACGCAUAUGAAAUGCCUGGUGAAAAGGCUACAGGUGGCAGAGCUCGUCCCAGAGCUCGAACCCAUGGCGAUGAUGAAGUAAGCCAGGAUAUGGAGAAAUUGGACGUUGUUGGAAAGCGUGGACCAUCGACCCCAUCACGAGCCACACCUCCGGUCGAACCACCUGUGAAGAAGGAGGGCACAGCCAUGGGACUGCUACGUCGGUUCAGCACGCGAAGAACUAAGGAUAGGACGACUGAGCGCCAGACCGCUCCUUCAGUUAGUGUUCAACCUCCACCAGAACUGGCUCCUCCACCUCGAAAAUCCUUCUCUGUUCGCCGGUCGCGGAAAAGGGAUCCAUCUCCAACCAACAUACAUCCAGGAGGGAGCCAGCCGCAGCAGGAGGGCUUGCUACGCGCGUCUGAUGCCAACGCUGGAAGCUCGCGUAGCAGCCGAUUUCUUGGCCGAUCGACAAGUGUUAAUUCUGCAGAAUACCGGGCCCCUCGCUUCCAGACUAGGGGUGUCUCCGAAAGGAUGGAUUCACCAAAGCUUGCACCAGAGCCACCACCGACAAGCGGCUCAGAUCACUCAAGCAUUAGCGGUCAGAAGAAUGUGAAGGGGAAUUUGACCGAAACAAUUGCCGAUAAUGCCACCCCACUCGCUAUGCCCAGGUCGCCCUCGUCUUCCAGACCGAAGUCGUUGGGGCACGCUAGAAGGGAAAGCAUUCAAGCGCGGAGACAGAGGCGAGAAGAAGCAAGAGAUAGAGAAGGUAAUCUUCCAGAGGAAACAGAUGCCGAAAUGCGAGAUGAGGCAGCAGCACCGCCAGACACUCCUGGUGCCGAAGAAGCAAGCAAAGUCUACCUCAAAGGACUGUUCUCAGUGUCGACUACAAGCAACAAAACAGUGCCCUUUAUCCGCCAAGACAUCAUCAGAGUCUUGAAGCAACUUGGGGUUGAAUACACAGAAAUCAAGGGGGGCUUCUCCUGUCGGCAUGCACCAAGCAUCAACUUGGAUCGAGUCAAAGAUCUUGGCUCUCCAUUAGAUGAGGAGAGAACCGGUCGCGUACUCUCUGGGCACCCACGGCGAAUAUCAUUCGGUGGAUUCCGCAAGGAUCGGGAUGAGAUCAGGGAGGAGAAAAUGGCCAGGCAAUUCUCUCGUCGUGGACCUGCAGAUAGGAGUUUCAUCACCAAUUCUGAAGGGUCGGACGAGUACGUCCGGCCACCCCGUGACAGCAAAACCGACGAAACCAGGGACAUGGCGGCGACAACAACGCGGGUGCAAUCAGACACGGGAGAGUACUUGGUGCUGAAGUUCGACAUCUUCAUUGUCAAGCUUCCACUGUUCAGCCUCCACGGCAUUCAGUUCAAGAAGGUACAGGGUGGGAUGAACCAGUACAAGCAUAUGGCUACCAAGAUUCUUGCCUCGUUGCGACUAUGA